CGUAUCCAACAGAACUAGAGUGCAGCGAUCUUCACGUUCACGUUCACGUUCAGUGUGUGUACCCAGCCAGUCUGGGACAGCGAGUUGUACCAGUUCAUGGAUCCGAUAAAUAAAUGCCCUGUUGACCAAUCGUAUCGACAGUGUGGUGCGACACAUUAACGUAGCAACUAAAAGAGCUAGCAUAUUGGAUUCUUUGUUGUUGUUCCUUACGCACUUGAUGUUUCUGGUAAUUCACGUUUACCAGUCAAACAGACAAUAAAAAAUAAACAAAGAGGACAUUUCCACACGUUUUUCGUAUUCUUUCUCGUUCACGUGCGCGAUUCGUGAAAGCACGAGUGAUCGUCGAAUUUAUAGAGCAGAAAAAGAGUCACGUUCUUGAAAUUGUGGCGUGACGAAGAGGAGAAUAUUAUCAAGUGACGGAAAAAUUAAGGGAGAAAGAGGAACGCGGUGAGACGAACAGUCGUCAUCGACGGCACAAUGACGACCAAGGAAAAAUUCGAUGCUGCUGUCAACGUCAUAAAAAACCUGCCAAAAGAUGGUGCAUAUCAACCGAGCAACGAGCUCUCGUUACGUUUUUACUCGUACUACAAACAAGCGACCGAAGGUCCUUGCCAGAAGCCGAAACCUGCGUUCUGGGAAGUGGUGAAAAAGGCUAAGUGGGAUGCGUGGAAUCGUUUAGGGAAUAUGAGCCGUAACGAAGCCAUGGAGAACUAUGUCGAAGAAUUGAAAAAGAUCGUCGAGACAAUGUCCUAUACCGACAACGUCGAGAAUUUCCUCGUCAGCUUAGAUUCGUUUUAUGAGAACGUGCCUGCCGAAGAUUUGGAACUUUUGGUCGGUCCUGUUCUCGAACGAAUACGAUCGCAGCCCGGCUCACCGUUGUCCAGCUCACCUCUAGGUUCCAGAGAAACGUCGCCGCACAGAGUGAAAAAUGGGAGUAACAACACUUCGAGGAGAAUAACGAGCAGCCUCGAAACAAGCCCUGCGACUAGUCAUAGCGCCAGUCCCCUGCCGCCUGAUACCGAUGGCGAAGACGAAGAGUUCAAAGACACGAUUGAAAUAGCCCCGGAGCAAUAUCCGAACGAAUCGAGCAAGUCUUCCAUCAGCGUGGCGCAAACUUCGUGCCCACCGAGUACCUUACAGCCCGAGAAACAGUUGAACGGGAGACACAGUAAAAAGAGCAUGAACUUCGGGGAAGCAACACCUCUGACGAACGGCCAUCACGGUUUAACGAACGGAGAGUCGGGCCAAGAAAGUUUGCCAGAGUUGAAACACAACGAGAGAGGGAGAACGCGAGAAAAACGCGAAGAAAAUCGAAUGAACGAUGAAUUUAUCAACCAUAUCUCUACCACCGUGCAAAAUCUUCAGAAAGAUCUGGACAGGAUAACUGGACGAGUACGAUGUCUCGAGGGGCAGACCCUUAAAGCCCUCGCUCCUGUACCGGAACAUUCCAAAAAGCAAAUAGCACCUCGGUGGUGGCCACUACCGGAGUGUUCUCCCCGGAUCUUUGCACUGAUGAUUGUCUGGCCGUUCGUCGUUCAGAUUCUGACGUCUUACGUUCGACGCAAUCGCCAACGAACGCUGUGAUUUUUCUCCAUUUCUUCUUCACUCUUUAAACCGACUUAACGUCACGAAAAUCAAAGGAAAGCCUAGAUUUUUCUCUAACCACACGGGAUUGAGCAUCAAUUCCAUUUGUGUAAAUAUAUAUCAGAUUUAUCGGCUUAGAUAAGAGAUGAAAAAGUAAAAAGAUAAUAAAAUAUGUGCACCUGAUAGCCGAAAAUUCGUACGACGAACGAAUUUGAAAAACGAGUGAUUACGAAUCGAAGCAAGAAAUAUAUAUCGAGGAAAUACGCAAAGCUCAAUUCGUUUAAUAUUCGUAAAAAAAAAAAUUUAUAAAAAGUUAUUUUAAACAAAUAACGAAAACAAACGACAAAUAGUAAUAGAAUAACAGGAUUUGUUCGAAGACGAAGAACGAGUGUUUCGUUUAUUCUGAUCAUGUUGCUCCACUCAGAUCUCUGCAAGGUUCAAUAUUUCCAAUCGACGUAUCACGAUCGAUAAAACAAAUGUGCGGUUGAGAUAACGAUUUGUAAACGAUCGCGACGGAUACGUCUAAAAACAAAGCUGUCAAAAACGUUACCAGGAAUAUAAUCACGAGAAAAUGCCAAUUUUUACAUUGAGAUAAUCUCGCUAAUUGAAUUUAUACAUAAAAUCUCUUUAUUCACGAUUAACAAACAACGUCGAGUCAUAUUAAAUAUACAAAAUCGACGAUGCGUCGCUAAAUACACGAAUUUUACGGAUCUUUGAGUCUCAUGCGCGAAUCCAAACGUUCAAUGAUUAUAUUCAAUCGCCGACAACGCUCUAAAUUUAAUAUCAUACACACAAUUGUCCAUCAAAGCAGAAUGAGACCGUAAUUUUAGUUUUUCUCCUGUACUUCGUUUCAUUAAGGGCGGGGUAACGUCAAUUCGGUGAAAAAAUUUUACGAAUUUUUUUAGACGCCAAGAAUAAUACAAAUCUAUUUUAUUGAUUGCGAUAUCAUAAUACAAUAUAUGAACAAGAUUUCCUGAAUUUUUAAAACUCGAAUAUCAAUAAUUAACUCGGUGGUAGCAGAGGCACUUUGGAAAAAAGUUGUCCACCGGUGAACAGUGUAAAUCGAAAUCUACUCGACCGAGCCUUCUGAAAUUUGGCAUAUGUUACUUCCUCACACAAUUGACCAGGCAUCUGCGAGAGCUUUUUUCCAAUUUUUAAUAGUUAAUAAUCUCACGAUAACAAAUAGCCUCAUUUUUAGUCGAAAAUCAGUGUUUUCACUUGCAAGUGUCACAAAAAAUGCAAAAAAUCGAAGAAAAAAAAUCCGCUCGCAGCUACCUUUGUCAAUUGUGUAAGGAAGUGCGAUGCCAAAUUUCAAAAGGAUCGGUCGAGUAGAUUUCGAUUUAUCCUGUUCACCAAUCGACAACUUUUUUCUGAAGUUCCUCCGAAGACUUGCAGCAUCUAAAAAAUUAUUAAAAUUGGGCCUUUUUUCCAUCGAAUAAACGUUACCCCGUCCUUAAGGAGUCAGUACCAGAAAAUAUGUGAAUUUGAAGAAUUUGUAUAAUUUUCGGUGUCACGAACAUGUUAUAAUGGAUUUUAAAAAAUUAUAUGUUUAUUUAUAUUUGUAUGUAUCAAAUAUGCAUCCAUAGUGUUUGAAAAUAAUUUCAAUUGUUUAUUUCACAGAGAAUGUGUUGUAAAAUUGUUUGAUCCAACGUGCAACCAAUAUAAUUGUAAUAUAGUUUAUAUACACGAUAAUUGUAGUAUUUACGUGGGAUAAGCAGAAUUUUUGUAUUCAUGUAUAUCAUUCGUUAUCGGUUUAGAAAAUAGACGUCAAUUGUUACACAA